AUGUGUGACAGCGGCGAAGACACCCCUUUUUGCGCUCCAGCAAACGGAGCGGAGCUCCGGGUGGGAGAGACAGUCGACAUUACCUGGGACCCCGACUUCAUCGCGUCCUCCGCCUCCCCUCCGCCGGCCCAAAUCUUCAUCCAAGCCGACUUCUCCAUCACGCCGACCGACCCGCUCGAGACAGCUGGCUUCACCUCCCCGGCCCUCGACCCCAACACAGGGACCUUCCCCUGGCCCAUUCUCGCCUCCUACAUCCCCGCAACCGCCAACGUCACCACCGCCCUCCUCUCCAUCGCCAUCCCGCUCUCCAACACCCCCACCAACGGCACCUUCACCCGCAUCGGCGAAGGCACCACCCGCUUCCCAGGCCCGCAGGUCCACAUUCUCCCCGUCGCCUCCACCACUUCCUCCUCUUCCUCUUCCUCCCCACAAUCCGUCAGCGCAAACCCGACCGCCGCCUCCGCCGCUCAGUCCCAAAGCGGACCCCAAAACCAAACCCAGAUCAACGGCACCGCAACCAACGGCCAGCAACCCAACGCGCUCGCCAUCGCGCUGCCUGUAGCCCUGGGCGUGGCGACGGCCCUGCUGAUGGCGGCGUACGCGCUGGUGAAGCGGCACCGGCCGGGCUGGCUGCCGCGGGCUCUUCUCGCUAGGCGCGGGGGGGAGCGGAGGGGGUUCGGCGGCGGCGGCGGUUUUGGGCCUGGUAACCGAGGUGAUGGUGGCGGUGACCGCGGGGUUCGCCGCCUGCGGGGCAGGGCGGUGGAGAUCAAGGUCGUCAAGACGGACUUGGACGGGCUGAGGGCGAAUGCGGUGCGGAUGGUGCAGGUUGGGGGCGGUGGCGGUGGUGGGGGGGCGCAGGGGAGGAAUGUCUUCCGGGAGGAGGUGCUGAGGCAGGAGAGGGAGAGGGUUUAG